AUUUCCUGCAAUGAUUAAAUCAUCAACAUAGAUGAGAACCGCAAGGAAAUUGUUCCCUUGUUGGUAAGUGUUUACAACAUAGAUGGGAAUGUUAUCAAACCUUUCCCAUCUCCAAUACUUGUUAGUUGAUGGAGAUUUGAAGAUAAAAGGAGAAAAGGUUGUGAGAUUGAGCAAGUUGGAGACUUUUAAAGGUGUAUUCGAUGACAUACAAGGCUACAAUUAUUUUGUCAAGUCUCAAUAUUUCCAAAUUCUUACUAAUUAUGAGAUUGCAGUAGGAGAAGCAGGAUUCUCUAUUAUGAUGGACAUAAUUGACCCAAAGAAUUCUUUGGUUUAUAUUAAUAAAUGUGACUUAGGAAAAGAAUGUAUAGUGCUUCCAGAUAACCUUCAGAAUUUGGCGAUUGAUGAGGGUGAAAACAUGAGAAGCAGCUUAAAUAAAGCAGCUUUGUUGGGAAAGACAACCAAGUUGAACUGCUGUGGUAUUAGGGAUUGUGAAGAUAUGGAGUGCGUGGUUGACUUGGACUCAUCCUCCUGUCUAGUACUGGAUAAGCUUGAAGAGCUUUGUCUUUAUGGAUUGCCUAAAUUGAGUGUACUUGUGAGAGUGGAAGGAGUAACAACACCACCGCACGUCUUUUCCAAUCUUAAAAGGCUUCGUAUGUGGUUUUGUUCAGGAAUGAGGAAGUUGCUUCCACUUGAGCUGCUGCAGGCCUUACAAAACUUAGAGGAGAUUUAUGUUCACAGCUCCGAACAAAUGGAGGAGAUAAUAGCAUCAACAGAUUCAGAUGCAUCAGCGGAUAAAUUCACUUUUCCCAAGUUAAGGAGAUUGUUCUUGAGGAAUUUACCCCAAUUGAAGAGCAUCUAUAGUGCCAAAGGAGUUAUGGUUUGUGAUUCUAUUGAACAAAUUGUAAUAUGGAGAUGUUGGGAGUUAAAGAGGAUCCCUGUGCAGCUUCCCCUGCUUGAUAAUGGCCAACCAUCUCCUCCUCCUUGUCUCAGAGAAAUAGAGAUAGAUGAAAAGUCAAAAGAAUGGUGGGAAUCAGUGGAGUGGGAUCAUAAGAACCUACUUCAUCCUUUCUUGAAAUACAUAUGAUGACUGACAGAGAGCUGUUGAUUUAUUAAGUAUUCAAUUUUUAAUUUUAAGAAUGUUGAUUUCAUCUUAUGCACUAUCUCCUUUAUUUAUUUAUUCAUUUGUCUUUCAAUUUCUUUUCUAUCAUUUGCAAUCUAUAUUGAAGGAAACAAUUUCUAUUGUUUCAUUGAUUCUUGGAGGUUGGAUCGAAGGCAGUAAACGAUCAUGAUCCAGAGUAAGAAAUCGACAACUUAAAU